AUGGUUUUCGAUUUCAACUGGGCGGCCCAGAUCGGUAACGUCCGCGGCGAGUCGUUCGGUCAAUAUAUGGAAAACAGGGACGACGUCCGGGCGGUAGCCUAUACCAUCUACGAAAUCAUCACCCGCGAUCUCCACUAUCGAGACACGACCUGGGAAGAACUCAGCUUGAACACGAUCCUCGACAUGGACGAAUGGACGCCCCAUCCAGACGUUGUGCUCGACCACCCUGUCGCCGAGUACCGCGCGGUACUCGGCGCGUGGCUGAAAGCGCGGGAGACGGGACCUCAGAUUGCCGUUUACACGGACGCGUCCGAGUACAUCGACUGGCCCAAGCUGGAGAAGUUGACGGUGGAGAGCGAUCAAGGCGAUGGAACGACGAAGCAGAUUCGCAGCUGGAAUACCACGUUGGUUAGGCUGGCGCGAAAGGAGGGACGGAGCAUUGUGAAGUGGCAACGGCCGGCGGCGAACAAGCUCACGAGUGAGGACCACUUGCUUGCGAAUGGGGAGUUGGUUGCCAAGGCUUGA